CUUCGCGCGCGGCCUGGCACUCCGCUCCGCAAGAUGGCGGCGGACAGCGAGCCCGAGUCCGAGGUGUUUGAGAUCACGGACUUCACCACGGCUUCCGAGUGGGAAAGGUUUAUUUCCAAAGUUGAAGAAGUCUUGAAUGACUGGAAACUAAUUGGAAACUGUCUGGGAAAGCCACUUGAAAAGGGUAUAUUUACUUCUGGCACAUGGGAAGAAAGAGCAGAUGAAAUUUCCUUUGCUGACUUCAAGUUUUCAGUCACUCAUCACUAUCUUGUCCAAGAGUCCACUGAUAAAGAAGGAAAGGAUGAAGAGUCAGAGGAUGCUAUUCCACAGUCAAUGCAAGAUUUGCUGUGUAUGAAUAAUGACUUUCCUCCAAGAGCACAUUGCCUGGUAAGAUGGUACGGCCUGCGUGAGUUUGUGGUGAUUGCUCCUGCCGCACACAGUGACGCGGUUCUCAGUGAGUCCAAGUGCAACCUCCUCCUUAGUUCCAUUUCUAUUGCUCUGGGAAACACUGGCUGCCAAGUACCAUUGUUUGUACAAAUACAUCACAAAUGGCGAAGGAUGUACAUGGGAGAAUGUCAAGGUCCUGGUGUUCGAACUGACUUUGAAAUGGUUCAUCUUCGAAAAGUACCAAAUCAGUACACUCACUUGUCAGGCCUGCUGGACAUCUUCAAAUCAAAGAUUGGCUGCCCUUUGACUCCAUUGCCUCCAGUUAGCAUUGCUAUUCGAUUCACGUAUGUGCUUCAGGAUUGGCAGCAGUACUUUUGGCCUCAGCAGCCACCAGAUAUUGAUGCCCUUGUGGGAGGAGAAGUUGGAGGCCUGGAGUUUGGCAAGUUGCCAUUUGGUGCCUGUGAAGAUCCUAUCAGUGAACUCCAUUUAGCAACGACAUGGCCUCAUCUGACAGAAGGGAUCAUUGUGGACAAUGAUGUUUAUUCUGAUUUGGAUCCUGUUCAAGCUCCCCAUUGGUCUGUUAGAGUUCGAAAAGCUGAUAACCCCCAGUGUUUACUAGGUGAUUUUGUCAAUGAAUUUUUAAAAAUUUGCCGUCGAAAGGAAUCAACUGAUGAGAUUCUUGGACGAUCCACAUUUGAAGAAGAAGGAAAAGAAGUUGCUGAUAUAACUCAUGCUCUGUCCAAGCUGACCGAACCAGCACCAGUUCCAAUUCAUAAAUUAUCAGUUUCAAAUAUGGUACAUACUGCAAAGAAGAAAAUACGGAAGCACAGAGGAGAAGAGUCGCCACUGAACAACGAUGUUCUCAAUACCAUUCUGUUGUUCUUGUUCCCAGACGCUGCCUCUGAGAAGCCACUAGAUGCAGCUGCUUCAGUAGACACUAGCAACCCUCCACCAGAGGGUGAAGACUAUACUCUGUACAAUCAGUUCAAGUCUGCGCCCUCUGACAGUUUAACCUACAAACUGGCCCUGUGUCUCUGUAUGAUCAAUUUCUACCACGGAGGGCUGAAGGGAGUGGCACAUCUCUGGCAGGAAUUUGUUCUUGAAAUGCGCUUCAGAUGGGAGAACAACUUUUUGAUUCCAGGACUAACAAGUGGCCCACCAGAUCUAAGAUGUUGUUUACUCCAUCAGAAACUACAGAUGUUAAAUUGUUGUAUUGAAAGAAAGAAAGCACGUGAUGAGGGGAAAAAGACGAGCCCUUCAGAUAAUGUAACUAAUGCAUAUUCAGGGGGCCAGCUUGGCCUGGACCAUCUCAGAGACACAGAGAAGGAAAAGGGAGAAGUGGGGAAAUCCUGGGAUUCCUGGAGCGAUAGUGAAGAAGAAUUCUUUGAAUGCCUCAGUGAUACUGAAGACCUUAAAGGAAAUGGGCAAGAGGGUGGUAAGAAAGGAGGCCCCAAGGAGACGGCCAACUUCAAGCCGGAAGGACGCCUGCACCAGCACGGGAAGCUCACGCUGCUGCAGAACGGGGAGCCUCUCUACAUUCCCGUGACCCAGGAACCAGCACCCAUGACAGAAGACCUGCUGGAAGAGCAGUCUGAGGUCUUAGCUAAAUUAGGGACAUCUGCUGAGGGGGCGCACCUCCGCGCACGCAUGCAGAGUGCCUGUCUGCUUUCCGACAUGGAGUCCUUCAAGGCAGCUAAUCCAGGUUGUGUUCUAGAAGAUUUUGUGAGGUGGUACUCGCCCAGGGACUACAUUGAAGAGGAGGUGACUGACGAGAAGGGCAAUGUGGUGCUGAAGGGAGAGCUGAGUGCCCGCAUGAAGAUCCCCAGCAACAUGUGGGUGGAAGCUUGGGAAACGGCUAAGCCCAUUCCAGCGAGACGCCAGAGGAGACUGUUUGAUGACACCCGAGAGGCUGAAAAGGUGCUGCACUACCUGGCCAUGCAGAAGCCUGCAGACCUGGCUCGGCACCUCCUGCCGUGUGUGAUUCAUGCAGCUGUUCUCAAGGUAAAGGAAGAAGAAAGUCUGGAAAACAUUCCUUCAGUUAAGAAGAUUAUAAAGCAGAUCAUAGCCCAUUCCAGCAAAGUUCUGCACUUUCCCAGUCCCGAAGACAAGAAGUUGGAAGAAAUCAUCCUGCAGAUCACUAACGUGGAAGCCAUCAUAGCCCGAGCCCGGUCCCUGAAGGCCAAGUUUGGAACUGAGAAAUGUGAGCAAGAGGAAGAAAAAGAAGACCUUGAGAGGUUUGUCAGCUGCCUGCUGGAGCACCCCGAAGUGUCCGUCACCGGAGCUGGAAGAGGCCAUGCGGGCCGCAUCAUCCACAAGCUCUUUGUGAAUGCUCAGCGGCUGACUGAGUCUUCUGAUGAGGCUGCCGCAGUGGCUCUGCCAGAGGAGGAGCUGAAGAGGUCAGGCUGCCCAGAGGAGAGGAGACAGAACUCGGUUUCAGACUUCCCACCUCCUGCAGGCCGGGAGCUCAUCCUGAGGGCCACUGUGCCUCGGCCUGCACCCUACUCCAAAGCCCUCCCACAGCGCAUGUACAGCGUGUUCACCAAGGAGGACUUCAGACUUGCAGGUGCCUUUUCCUCAGACACCUCCUUCUUCUAGUGGGGAGGAGGAGAGGCAGCUCCUGCCAUGGACACCUGAGGGCCACCAAGAGGACCUCGUCCAGCCAGCAGCAGGAGUCACACCAGCAUUGAGGGCCAUCUCCAGCACCAAGCUUGAGCCAGAGGGGCAGAUUUGAGGUAUCAAAGACUUCUGCCUGGGGGAGAUGGCCUGUGUGGAGGAAACCACACAGUGUGGGCCUCACUUUGGGGGACAGAGUUUGUUCACUGUCCUGCGACAGUCAUCUGUGUAAACACUUAGUGGUUGUCCUCUUUAGUAUCACAUAUGCAAACUAGAGUAUCUGUUAGCUCAGGUUCCGGAUAGGGCGGAGGUAGCAGUUAGUCCCAGGAUCUGUUCUCAAGCUGCCAUGUGACAGUCUGUUUAUCCAGUCACCGGAGGUCAGCUUAUUAUGCUAUGUGAUGAACAUUGGAACAUUCUAGUAGAAAGACUAGAAUUGCAGCUUGGUUUUCCACAACACUGUAGCCAAAUGUAUUCCUUCUGAUCAAUCUGUACCUGAGAUGUGGCUGCAAAUUAGCUCUGUGUGUGCGUGUCCGUCUGUCUAUCUGUCUGUCUAUCUGUCUGGAUCUCCCUCCUCCGUUGCACCCCUGCCUUUGCACUUUACUUCUGUGUCCUGCCUGGGGGCGGUAUUCAAUGGCGUCAUGUGAGCACAUGCUAACCACACAGCCUGGGAACGUCGAUCUCCCUGCAGUGAGCGCGCCCUGGUGUGUGUGCUGACGCCAGAGGGCAGGACGCGAUGGCGGCUUGGCUCCUGGAGCUGUGAGCGCUGGGGGCUGCAGCGGCCGGCACAGGGGGAUGGCCCGUCCCGUGUGCGGCUCAGCACGCCUGAGUGUGUCACUGCACGACCUCUGUCUGGUGAUUGUAAAUUAUUCGGGGACCUAAAAUUCCCCCUGGAAUCCAAAGUAAAAAUGGUUAUGGUGAAGUGUAAAUUCUGCCUGUGUGAUUUUUAAAAACUGAUAGAACUGCACAAACCCUGUGUUAUUUUUGUAAGAAACAAAACAAAAAGCUAUUUACAUUUAUCGGUUUAGUGUUCGCAGACACAUCUGUGUGUGAAUAGGGGCCUGUGUGUGGGGGCCAGGUGCUGACCCCUAGGCUUCACAGCACUUUUCUCUGAGGUGCUGGACUUUGCUUCUUAGAAACCCACAGAUACUGAUGAGGCCUGAGUGUCAGGCCAAGCAGAAGAUGGUUCCCGAAGGACAGUGGCGUCUGCUUUCCUGGGUGUAGACGGAACUCUACGGUGAGGGUUGGUCUAAAGUGGAAUUGUUUAUCUAAUAAAAGGACUGCUGUCUAUGG